CGUUUCAUCACUUCUUCCUCUAUUUCCCCCUACUCUCCUUCACCCCCUUCUCUAUCCCUCUUUUUCUCCCCUACUUCAUUUUCCGGAUCCCUCUCUACCUCCCCUCUUCCUCUUCCUCCAUCAUCCCUUCCUCCCCUCUUCAUCCCCUUCCUCAUCCCUCCUUUAAUACCCCUUAAUCUUCCUUUUACUCCCCUUCGCUUCCGCUUCCACUUCCUUCCUUCCGAUCGCCAUGAGUGACCCAGGCGCCUUCGCCGACGCCUGGCGCGCGCAGUUCUCCGACACAGAGCCGCCGCCGUCCAUGGCGCCGCUGCGGUCAGUGGCCGAAAUCCAAGGGGAGCUUGACCGCUGCAAGGCCUCCAUCCGCCGCCUGGAAACGGAGGUCAGCAAGGAGCGCUUCCGCAUGAUCUACCUCCAGACGCUCCUUGCCAAGGAACGCAAGAGCUACGACCGGCAAAGAUGGCGGCCGUUCGGCGCGAAAGGCGACGACGGCGAUGACGAGGAGGAAGCCGCUUCGGCCAAUGACGCGCCAGAGAUGCCUCGGAACAAGAACGCAGCGCAGAUUGCCUCUGCCGUUACGGGAGCAGCGCUGUCCCCGUGCGCAAAGGACGCCACCGCGGCGCCAGAGAAGCCCUUCUACGUAAACCUGGAGUACCACCGCGAGAAAGGACUGGUCAAGAUCAACGACAAGGAGGUCUCUGACCACCUCAGCGUCCUGGGCUCUCAGGCCAUGCAGAUGGACGCACGCAAGAAGCGGCCGGUCAGGGGACGUUCCGCCGAUGUCACUGCCGCCGCGGCAUUCAGUUACGACGGUGACUACGAAGACGCCGAGCUCAACCCGCGUUUCCUGAGGGACAACCUCUUGACCGACGGCAAUGGCAGCGGGCGUGACUUCCAGCCAUAUCAAAGUGUCUACGUGGGCGGCUUAAUGGCGGACGGAAGGAACGCCGCGCCACCGCCGCUCUUGCGCAGCUGCGCCAUCGUCGAGUCAGAGAAGCCCAGCCUGACGUGGCCGCGGAGGUCCUACUCGCCGCGCGGUUUCGAAGACGGCGGCGGCUACACACCAGACUGCAGCUCGAAUGAGAACCUGACAUCCAGUGAGGAGGACUUCUCCUCCGGACAGUCCGGCCGCGUCUCGCCCAGCCCCACCACCACCGCGGGACCGCCACAUUUAUACGGGCGCAAGAAGACGCGUUCGCCAUCGCAGAACUCGCAGCAGUCGUUUGAUAGCAGUGGCGGCAGCCCGCCAACGCCACAGUCACAAAAGCGGCAGCGCCACCCGCGACGUGUAACCACCGCUGCGUUGGAAGCCGCCAUUGGCGUCCGGAAGUUAGUGCAGAUAUGGCCGCCGGAGGGCAGUGGUUUACAAGGGGACCCAGGUGAGGACUUACUUCGUUCCCAAACCGGUAGGAACGCUGCCCAUGCAUGCGCAAAUUGCGCUGUUCCGCCAUCAAUAAUAAUGAUACUAAUUACUAUUAAUUAAUUAAUAACUGACCAGACCAAUCGCAGCCUAUUCUGCAAAAGCCCAGUUCUGUGACGCAGCGGCGGAAAAGGCCAAUACGAUCCUUGGUUGCAUUUAAAAAGGCUUCUUUAGCCUCCAAAUCGAAGGGAGCUUGUCUUUGUGGUCAGUUGCGCAGUGGUCAGUACAAGGAGGACAGAAAAGGCUGGAGGGGAUGACCCUUGUGAACCGGUCAGACCCGUUACGUAUUUUGGGUCGGAACAGUAAUCUCAUUUUGACCCUGUUCUGGUUUGGUGAGAUUCUUCUCGGGUUUCAGGUCUGAGUUCGAGUUCUCCCACAUCUCCUCUCAGGUAUAUCACCUGUCUAAUUAACCAGCGGAGUUUUAAUUUGAUUUAAUUAAAACCCUGCGGUCAGUGCCUUGACCAGAA